CUUGUUUCUCUUGUUUCUCUUCGCUGUGUAUUGUAUGCACUUGUGAACUUUAUUCUCCAACAAGGAAAACACCAUGCUCUCCUCUACCAAUCGGUUGAUUACACAUGUCCCUCCCCGAAAGCCCCAUCUCUCCUCCUCAUGCCUUUGCAGCGGUCAUCGGACCACCACCAGACUCCAUCCCUCGCCACUGUUUUGCAGCCUCUAUACCAAGAGUACUCCCCCACAAAAAUCUCCGCAGCAUUGCCCUCAAUGACCACAAGACUUCCACCCUCACCAUGUUUCAAGGCCCUAACAGGCCGUAGAAAGUGGAUCCCCAAAGAGAAGACAGAAAAAAAGAGAAAACCACAAGAAAAUUGCCAAACCUCCCAUGAUGGGAGAACAUACAAUUCCCACAAGAGGAACCCUAGAAGCGACUUUCAUCGUUUUCCUUUAGUUAGCAGGAGACGGAGCUUUAAAAACACUUUAUUAUCUAAAAGAAGUAUAAGCUACAAGGUACUCGAUACAUUCCAAACAAAUGCAAGGAAAGGACAUCAUAGAGCACAGCAAAGCUGCGCCUAUCCCUCCUAUGUGGAGUGGGUUAGGCCUAUCCCUCCUAUGUGGAGUGGGUUAGGCCUAUCCCUCCUAUGUGGAGAAAUGACCAAUAUUUGUGGACUAAGCCCACACUUGUUAAGCCCACUUGAAGCCACGUUUUGCAGCUCUUUAAGACAAAGAAAGGAGUCUGAUUUGGACAGCAGAAAGUGGAGAACACGUGAGGGACCAGCCGGCAGAAAAAGGAAAAGAAAGCAGGGCAGAAUUCUGGAGAUUUGGUACAGUGCACAGUUUUGCAACUUUGUCCGAUCUGCAGAAUUUAACCGUUGGAUUGAGCUGAAAUUUGGUUUUGGGGUUCACAAGACACUGAUCUACAUUCUGAACGGUCAGUUUUUCGGUUAGAGCUCUGUAGGUUCAGUUUUCAUGCCCUGAACAGUGGCUCGUGUUUUGGUGCUCUGUUUUUCUUGUGGUCCCUUUUACUUUGUUGGUUUGUGCCCUAUUGUUCCUUUUAUUUUGUGCUGUUUUUAUGCCCUUUUUAGAAGAGGAUAUUGUAUACUUACUUUCAUCAUAGUGUAGCUAUUUUCAGUAAACUGGAUAUCCCGUG